AUCACUAAAGUCUGUGAUAACAUCCCCAUGCACAUGACUGAGAGGAGCCAGAACUGAGACUUCAAACAGCCACUGCCCUUCCACUCCCCUUACAGCAGAACGCUUCUCAUGGGCAUCAGCAGCAGUGUGAAGACUCACCAGGGGCUCAGAAGUGAAGAUCCUCAUUGACUGCUACUGCUUCUGGAAUACCCUCACCAACACACCGAGCCAGCAUUGCAGGGAUAUCGUAAAACAAAGGAUGUCCUGGAAGCUUGUUAUUUUGUUGUUGCUGGCCGGAUUCCUUUUGACGGUUGUGGAAGCAGGAAAAAACCGACCGCAGGGGGCGAUUCCCUCACCAUACAAGGACAACAGCAACACCUCGCACAAGCGGACUCGCAAACAGGAGGUACUGGCUUCCAGCCAAGAGGCCCUAGUGGUGACUGAGAGGAAGUACUUGAAAAGCGACUGGUGCAAAACCCAGCCGCUGCGGCAGACCGUCAGUGAGGAAGGCUGCCUGAGUCGCACAGUCAUCAACCGCUUCUGUUAUGGCCAGUGCAACUCUUUCUACAUCCCCCGGCACAUCAAGAAGGAGCAGGAGUCCUUCCAGUCCUGUGCCUUCUGCAAGCCACAGAAGUUCACAACUCUCACUGUUGAGCUGGACUGCCCAGAGCUGCAGCCGCCCUUCCGUCAUCGGAAAAUCCAGCGGGUGAAACAGUGCCGCUGCAUAUCUGUGAACAUCAGUGAAUCGGGCAAGCAGUGAGACAGUCCUAUCAGGGUCUGCCAUGCAAAUAAUGCUUUGUCAUGAACUUUUAUUUCUUCUUAAGGGAGGGAUCAGUUGGAACUGAUUUUAGGGGGCUCCACAACAUGUAUUUCAGCACAACUGAGCCCAAGCCAAUUAUUAUUUCCAAGAAGGUGGCUUUAAAUAGUAACCCAAUAUAAAGCACACACACACACACACACUCAUAUAACAUUCGGAAACUGUUGCCUGUGUUCUAAAGACAGCUCCAGGGUUUAAUACAUACAUUUAUGGACAUAAAUAAUCCCGGCAGCUUUUGACUUCUGUUGUUCUAGCUAUACAUUAUAGCAAUAUAUUUAAAUUGUGUGCCCGAUUCUGAUUAUAAUAUAGUCUUGAUUAGUUUUAUGUACAACUUGCUCAGCUUUUCAAGCAAUAGAAAUGUUUAACAGCCAGCAAGCUGAAAAAUAAUCAUAUGGUGUUUUUUUGUUUAUAUAUAUAUAUAUAUAUAUAUAUAUAUAUAUAUAUAUAUAUAUAUAUAUAUAUAUAUAUAUAUAUAUAUAUAUCUAGCCUUGUGUGAACAAACUAAACAUCCUUAGAUGGAUUCACAUGACUCUUGUCUUUUCAUAGUCUACACAUCUGCCAGCCCGGAGACGUUUUGUUUUGAAGACUGCUGCCUGAGACGCGAUACCAAUAUGGUGCCAAAACAGAUAGGAGACUCCUUAAUGAGUCUGAUCGUGAUAAGAGAACACAAGCUGCCUGAGUGAGGUGCCUGGACAGUACUGAGCUCCAGCUCAGACAAGUUUAGUGUCUCAGAAAAGGACUCCACUGAAAAUAAUGUUGACAUAUUGAAAAAAUGAGAUAAA